AAGGAAUAAGUAAAAAUAAGGAGAACAUGUCGAGCAAAAAAGAACAGGUCUUUAUCUUUAUGAUUUUAUUUCUAGAUCAUAUAGAAUGGUCAUCUCAAAUAGCCAUCCGUAAUGAGUACUGCAUGGACAUUGUGGUUGCCAUAGAUACAGGCUGUUCGGUAGAUCUUGCAAACCCAAAUCCUAAAGAACUCGUAUCGCGUCUAAUGGUCAACUUGAAGCUUUCCUCGAACCACACACGUUUCGGGAUUAUCUUAUACAACAAGGUCGUGGAGAAUAAAAUGUUCCUUGAUGAUUAUACGAACAGAGUUGAGUACCUACUUGCUUUACAUUAUCUAAAACUGGGCCGUAUUGGGUGUGGCUCUAGGGCCCAUAGAGCUAUGGACAUGUCAUGGUCGACCAUGUUUACGGUACAAAAUGGAGCAAGGGGACCUGAAAUCCCAAAAGUUUUUAUCCUGAUCACCGACGGCGUCAUGCACCCAAAUAAGGUAAAGAAAGCCAUAAAGGAGGCAGCCAUAUUGAAAUCAAAUGGCGUACAUGUGAUUAUAAUAGGACUGAAGUCAACCAAGUAUGAAAACUACAAUUCAUCAGAUACUUUCCUAUCAAUUGCAACCAACUCUUCAUAUAUAACAAUGGGAUAUGAAUCUACCAUUGACAACCCUAAUGAUUUCCCAUACUUUACACCAUACCUUACAGACAAUAUUUUCCCCAAUAUAAGUUUCUGUCCAAGUGACUCAGAUAUUCCCUUAAGUGGGGACGAUGAUGUGGGUAACCAUAAUGAUGGGGGUGAGGGUAAGACUGGGGAAAGACAAAUAACAACACAGCCAAAAGAUGCUAGCCCAACUGCUUCUCCACAUGAAGGGAUACCCACCAGGCCUAAACCUACCACGCCAGCCAGAAGAACAAGACCCCCGCCAACCUUAGGAUGGGGACUUAUUCCUAGAUUUCCUUUAGGUAGGAAGUGAAUGACAGUGUGUUGCCUGAUUGGCUGCCAACAGAAAAGUACAACUUAAAGUGACAAAAAAUGACAAUUUAUCAAUAA